UAUGGGGAUCUGAAUUGAGUGUUUUUUUCCCAUUUCCGCAUUGAUAUUUUCAUCUUUUGGUGAGCCAAUUGUUGUUUAGGCCAUUGAGAUGUAGAUUUUGGGCUUGGCCCUUGUGCAUGUGAGCAUCAUUCAAUGUAGGAAGAAAAGGACUUAAAGAAAGAUAAUGCUCCAAUUCAUGAUCAUAUAUAAAUUAUCUAACAAAAUACAAGUCAUAUCAAAUCUUAGAAUAUCCAUCCAUCCAUCCAUCUUAUGCAGCAUUCUGAGUAGUUAAGAUGCCCCUCUUUUUCCGCUAAACCUUUAUAUAAAUACACAUGAUAAAGUUAUUUUAGGUCAACGUGUGGAAUUUUUGCCUCUCAAUCAAUCAAUCCCAUGUGCGAUCAUCUCUCUACCAACACCUUGAAACUUGCAUGCCUUCCUGCAAUUAGCAACUACAAGGAAGUUUCAUACUAAAUUAACUCAUCACAGAAUUCCCAAAUACUAAAAUAUAUUUAACAGGUACUAUGAGCUUGCAAAUCAAGCCUGGUCUCUUCCUUGUUAGUCUUUUUCUAUAUGCAUAUAGAAUAUCAGGAAUGUACCAAGGAGUUGACAUUGAUAUAAUCAUAAUUUGAUCCUUGCUUCCUUAUUCUUUGAUUAGUUGGAGAACUUAAUUACUUCAACUGGGACAAGUUUGAGAAGUAAAUGGUGGAGGAGAGAAUUGAUGAAAAGAAAUGUCAAUCAGUGCUUACUUAUAUGUAGUAUUAUGAUUUUUUUUUAAAAAAAUUAUUUAUGAUGUACAUUUAUUUACUAAAAAAAUAAAAACUCCAUCUCACACAUAUUCUCAUUCAAUUCCCUCACAUAAACAGAAUCCCUCUUUAUAAGCUCUCGCUCAUUCCUUCCAUUUUCCACACACUUAACCUGAUCCUCCUCCUCUUCCUCCCCCAAUUAAUUCCAAUUAAUCUCUCUCAUUACGACCGACGCCAGCAUGGGCGUCGGCUGCGACCACCACCACCACCACGACUUCUGCGACUACCUCCUCAUCAAAUGCUACUCCAUCCUCUGCUGCGGCUGCCGCAGCGACGACUGCUGCGACUGCUGCGAGGAGCGCCACCGCAGGCUGAUCAUCGCGGCGCGGAUCGUCGGCGGCAUUCUCUUCCUGGUCGGCCUGACCAUCCUCAUCGUCUGGCUGGUGCUGCGCCCCACCAAACCCACCUUCUACCUCCGCGACGCCACCGUCUUCCAGUUCAACCUCUCCCUCUCCGACAACCUCCUCGCCACCGUCGCGCAGGCCACCGUCGCAUCCCAUAACUCUAACGGCCGGAUCGGCGUCUACUACGACCGCCUCGACGUCUUCGCCACCUACCAGGACCAGCAAAUUACGGUGGCCACCGCCAUCCCGCCCUUCUACCAAGGCCACGAAGACAACAAUGUCUGGUCGCCGUACCUCGUCGGCACCUCCGUACCGGUGGCGCCGUACCUCUGCAGCGCCCUUCAGCAGGACGAGACUGCCGGCCUCCUCUUGCUCUACGUCAAGAUGGACGGCCGCAUUCGAUGGAAGGUCGGGUCCUGGACCUCCCGCCACUACCGCCUCGAGGUCUCCUGCCCCGCCUUCUUCUCCUUCACGGACUCCUCCGCCGGCGUCCCCGUUCUCCGGUUCCUCCACGGCACUUCUUGCAGCGCUAGUGUUUGAUGGGUGAAUUAAUGCCAAUCCGAUGCAAUUUAAUAUCGUUAAUGAAAAUCAGAUUAAUUAAAAAAGGAAGUUUAAUUUCUUUCUAAUUCGUGUAAGUUUACAAUUUGAUAUAUAUUUGAAAUGGAAAAAAUGUUUUUG